AUGAGGAAGCCGGACCAGCCCCACGCCCAGAGGCCACAUAUUCCCCACGGCCAGAGCCUUCCCGCCAUCCCCACGCUCACAAAGGGCCCCCGCCGGCUCCAUCCUCCCCGCCAAGGGUCCCUCCCCGACGCCUUGAACCUGCCUCCCGCCCUCGCCCGCCCCACGGGGCUGGAGGAGCUCGAGGCGCCGCCGGCCCCUCGCCACGGCCCCACUCGCCCCUCCGACGCCUCAACGCCCGCCGAGGACAUCGCAGCAGCCUCCGCCGACCCGCCGGACCCCCCACAUCCCCAGGGACCCCCCACCAGGCAGCCCCUUGCUCUCCUCCUUGCUGCCUCAGCACCGGGUGCUUGCUGGGCCGCGGGUAGCUGCCUGCAAACGAGCUGCUUUUUUUCUGGGUGCCCUGCAGCAGCCACGCUGGCCCCGCCGGGGAGCCUGGAGCUGUGGGUGCCGGAGCGGCUCACCUUCAGCCUCUGGGACUACGGGGUCUUCGGCCUCAUGCUACUCAUCUCCACCGGCAUCGGGCUCUUCCACGGCCUCGCCAAAGGCGGCCAGAAAACCUCAGAGGAUUUUUUCACGGGGGGACGACGGAUGUCGGCGCUGCCCGUGGGGCUCUCGCUCUCGGCCAGCUUCAUGUCGGCCAUCCAGGUGCUGGGGGUGCCGGCAGAGGCGUACCGCUACGGAGCCAAAUUCCUCUGGAUGUGCCUGGCGCAGCUGCUCAACACGCUGCUCACCGCUCAGUUCUUCCUCCCCAUCUUCUACCGCCUGGGGCUCACCAGCACCUACGAGUACCUGGAGCGGCGGUUCAGCAGGAGCGUCCGGCUGUGCGGGACCGUGCAGUACGUGGUGGCCACGACGCUGUACACGGGGAUCGUCAUCUACGCCCCAGCCCUGAUCCUCAACCAAGUGACCGGGUUGGACAUUUGGGCGUCCCUGCUCUCCACCGGCAUCAUCUGCACCUUCUACACCACCAUAGGCGGGAUGAAGGCUGUCAUCUGGACGGACGUCUUCCAGGUCUUCGUGAUGCUCUCUGGCUUCAUCGCCAUCAUCAUCCGGGGGGUGCUGCUGGUGGGGGGUCCCGCCAGGGUGCUGGGCAUCGCUGCCAACGGCUCCAGGGUGAACUUCGGCGACUUCAACCCGGACCCGCGGAGCCGGUACACGGUCUGGACCUUCCUGCUGGGCGGCACGCUGGUCUGGCUCUCCAUGUACGGCGUCAACCAGGCCCAGGUCCAGCGCUACGUGGCCUGCAGGACCGAGAGGGAGGCCAGGAUGGCGCUGCUGGUGAAUCAAGUGGGGCUCUUCUGCAUCGUCUCCAGCGCGGUGGCCUGUGGCCUUGUGAUGUUUGCGCUCUACAAGGACUGCGACCCGCUUCUCGCUGGCUACAUCUCGGCCCCCGACCAGUACAUGCCCUACUUGGUCCUUGACAUCUUCGAGACGUCCCCGGGGGUGCCGGGGCUGUUCCUGGCCUGUGCCUACAGUGGGACCCUCAGCACGGCCUCCACCAGCAUCAACGCCAUGGCAGCCGUCACCGUCGAGGACCUCGUCAAGCCCAGGAUGCCCACGCUGUCACCGCGGAGGCUCACCCUUAUCUCCAAGGGGCUGUCGCUCAUCUACGGCACCUCGUGCAUCACGGUGGCAGCUCUGGCCUCGCUGCUGGGCGGCGGUGUGCUGCAGGGCUCCUUCACCGUCAUGGGGGUGAUCAGCGGCCCGCUGCUGGGGGCCUUUGUCCUGGGCAUGUUCCUACCAAUGUGCAGCACGGCCGGCGUGCUGGGGGGCCUGGGCACCGGCUUCGCCCUCUCCUUCUGGGUGGCGGUGGGGGGCACCCUGUACCCCCCCAGCGCGGCGGCCGCGGGGGUGCUGCCCACCUCCGGAGCCCUCUGCCCGCUCUACAACCGCAGUGCCGGCGCCAACCGCAGCAUCCUGCUGGGACCCCUGCCCCCCCGCCACGACCCGCCGGCACCAGCACGGCCAGCCAUCCUGGGGGAUUUCUACGCCAUCUCCUACCUGUACUACGGGGCACUGGGGACCCUCACCACGGUGGCGGUGGGGGUCCUGCUCAGCUCCCUGCCAGCAGGGCUGACCAAGCGGACACGGCUGCCCCCAGGCGUGCUGUGGUGGGACAUCACGAAGCAGACAUCCUCGGUGGCCCCCACGGGUGUCAAGACCCCCGGGGAAGAGCCCCUGGGCAAGGGCGAAGCCCCCCAGGCACUGGUGGCGAGGCCGGAGAGGGAGGAUGCCCCCCACUGUAUCCCCCCCAAGCCCCCCACUGCCACCGACCUCCUGCUGCAGGAGACCCACGUGUAG